GUUUUCUGUGGUAGGUGCCAACAAAACAAGUCGGAAGUACAGUGAUGAGGAGAUAAGAAGCAAGCCACUUCCUUUUGACAUUUCAAUCGCCUCACUAACUGAUCAAUUGAAGUCACGAAGCAGUGGAUUUUGGAAACGAUGGAUUCGGACAUUCAGGACGAUGUGGUCCUUCUGGGAAUCGUGACUCUGCUCAGCGCCCUCCAGAACGUUUUCUUUGCUUACAAAGUGGAAAUCGAGUCCAAAAUGAUGACAGCAAAAAGCAGCCAACGCUCAGGUUUUGACCGGGUCAGUAUUGCAAACCACAACUGCAUUGAGGUUUAUCCCACAUUCAUCGUCUUACUGUGGAGCGCUGGAGUUUUCUGCACCCAGGCUCCUGCCGCCUUCGCUGGAUUGUUGUAUUUGGUGGUGAGGCACAAAUACUUUAUCGGGUAUUUAGGAGAAAGCAAUCAAAGCCUUCCUGGUUUCAUAUUUGGAAAACGUUUAAUGGCAUUCCUGUUUAUCAUGGCAAGCGCUGGGUUAAUCAACUACGUCCUAAAUUACUUCUGCGGAGUUGAUUUUCUGUAUUACAUUCAGACAGCCUCAAAAGCCUCUGCUGCCCUACUUCUUAUUCCCUAAACUUGCAGCAAAUAUUGUACUGUUUUUCAAUAGCAACCUUUUAACUUACUACAGAGAUGCCCGUUAUAUUGCUUUUUACUAUAGCACGGCCUCGCUUACAGCCAUGUCUACUGUGGCACAGCUGCCAUCUGGCCACCGACUUCAAAACAUGGCUGACGUUCAAGUUGUCAGGUUGCCUCUGAUUUACAUCACUUUCUGUGGAUUAUGUGCAGGACGUGUUGCCGUUCACUUUGUGCGGGAAUUGACAGAAUUGCCAGACAAGCCAAAAGUCGGCCAUUUUGUUCACAACCUCACUUAUAAUGUAGUCGGUGAGAGACUGGACUUCGUGAUUGCAUUAUUACGGGUUUUCCCUGUAUUGUGAAACUAUAACAAGUGCUAACAUUUAACCUGGGCUCAUUUAUCUUAUAUAUCUGUUUUCAGCUUUUUGAUAAAAUAAAAAUACUCAUGGACAAAAAUUAAA